AUGGAUUAAUAAAAACUUAUAGAUGAAUCAAUAACUUUAGAUGUCUUAUAACCAAAAUUAAACAAGCUAUAUCUGGUGUGUUCAAUUAAUAGCAGAGAGCCAUUUACAGAUCCUGAAACUAUUUAAACCGAUUUCAUUACACAAAAGAGUGAGACACUAAUGGCCUUGAAGAUUCCAAAAAUGUUUGCAUAUAUAGGUCUAACAGGCACCAAAGCUGUCUAGAAUAAAUAGCAUGAAGAAUAACCAAAUCAAUUAUUAUGUUGUUUCAGAUUGUUGGAUGUUGAUACAAUUAUUGCUGGGUAUAUGGAUGGAAGAAUAGUUUAAAAACAGAUAAUGACGCAACGAAUAAUAAAAGAAUUUAAUCGUUAGAAUUAAGAGGCUAUUAUCAAGAAAAGACCCAUAAAAAUCCAUAUUUUUCAAAAAUAUUUUGCUACAUUAUUUUUAGAGGGAGUUGUCUGUAUUUAUCAUUAAGAACAUCAAAUGUUCAAAUUCCAAAAUGAAUAUGAAAAAUUCAUUCGAUUAUCAUUCUAAUAUCAUAAAAAGCUAGUAAGUUAGAAGACCUUGAAAAAUUUCGAAAGUGACCCCUCAUUUCAUUAUCACUAUUUAAAUUAUGGUGAAUUUUCUAACUUUUAGUACUGUUAACUUAAGAUGAAUCCAUUAUUUAUAUUUAGGUUUGAAUCAAUGUCUAUAAAUGAUAUUGAGAUAUUACCCUUUAGUCCUUUAGAACAUCUAAACAAGCCAGAACAAAGAAUGGAGAAGGGAUUGUGUAUAGCUUUGAGUGGACUAGAUGGAUAUUUUAGAUUAUUGGAUGUGAUGAAUAAUAAACCAUUGUUUUCAUUUAAAACCGAGUGUUGUGGGAUUUGUUCAUUUUCAUUUAAUCCGAAUUUUAGCAGUGUUUGUUUAGGGGCCCAGGAUGAUUCUGCUUAUGUGAUAAAUUUUAAUUCUAAAAUUUCCUGGAUACGUUUGGUGGGACAUAACUCAUUUAUAUCUAGAGGAGUAUUCAGUUCGAUAAGUGCAACAGAGUUCAGGAUAAUAUGUGGAUGUUAUGAUGGUACGAUUUCAAUAACAGAUGUCGACUUAAAUUAAUUAAAUCCAGAAAAUAGUUUAUUUGUGAAGGCAUAAGAGAAAGAGAAAGCGUUAUAAGUUAAGAACAUUCAAAGUGUAUCAUAGGAUGGAGUUGCAAACGUAGCAGAGUUUUAGAAUUAUAUUGUUUGCAUGAAUUUUGAUGGAGUAAUUAAAAUUUUUCUAUUGUAAUGA